GAUGGCCCCGAAAUUACUCCCAAAAGAUUCCCCUACUGCACCUUCUAAUAGCAAUUGGAAAAGAACGAAACUAUUAGAAUCGGAAAGGAAGAAAAGGGAAAGGGCUCAACAACCUGGAGCUGGAUUUGGAGGAAGGGCAUUUGGUCUUUUGAACAAAAGGGAUGGAAUUUUGUCAAAAAGUGAAUCUCCAACAAAAAUACCUGCUAGAACACCUAAUCGGAAGUCUGUGACUUCUGUUUUGGAUGAAAGUGAAAAUCAGUUCCAAUCUAACGAAAUUGAAAUGGGGGACCAAGCUGAUCUUGUUGGUGACUUGAGUUUGACAGAAGGAGAGGAAGCAAUAAAAGCUUUCAGGAUAGAUAUUCUUUAGGAAAGAAUGAGAAAGCUUUGGGAGGAAAACGUCAUUGCAAAGCAGCUUCUACAAGGCCAGGCUGAAGUAAAAAAGAAAAACCAUGAAAAGUGGUCAGAACGUCAGAAGAGAAUUGACAAUGCAUGGGAUGCGAAAAGAGAAGAUUUGAUGGCUGCAUUUAUUAUACAUGAAGCUCCAGUAGAAUCACAACGCUGUCAUCAAUGGCGAAAGGCAGUCGCGAAUUGCAUACGAUGUUUAACAUGAAAGGAAGUGUUGUGCCCUAGUUGUGAUUUAAACCAUCACAUAACCAGGCCUUUUCACAAUCGUCAGUGCAUGAAACUGGACUCGUGUCUGCCACUAAAACCAACUCAGUUUUUGGAUGCUGACGGUGAAAUAUUAGAAAAACGUACAGCCUACAAUUUAUUUGCCAAAGUUUAUUUGAACAUUUAAAUAGUUUUCUGUAGUUUUAGAUGUUCCUGUUCCGUUGUUCUGUCAGGAGGAAUGCUCCAACUGUGGAGAUAACGGGACCCUAAAAUGCCAGGCUGGUACUAAGUCGAUUGCGGUUAUCACUCGUGAUGGUAUUGAUUGAUUCAUUGGUGUACUUUUCUUUUUAUUUAUCUUAUAGAGUUGGCUAACGUCCGAAGUUGCCAGUUCGAUAAAAUUGUGAA